AUGGGCCGACAAAUACGGCCCGCGAGGGUCUUCCAAGCCGUCGGCCAGGAGCUGAACUCCAGGAUCCUCCCCGCCUACCAUCCCCAGGAACCGCCAUGGUACCAGGUCAUGCGCGACAUCCCACCCGCCGAGAUUCUCACGAGACCGGUCGCCGCCUACAACAGCCCGGUGGGCACCAAGCAGCGCAAGCCGCGCAACAUCUACAAGCCCCCGAGGAUAGUCCACGAGGAGGACACGCUGCGGACCAACUUCUACAGAGACCACCCGUGGGAGCUGGCUCGGCCGAGGGUCAUUCUGGAGACGGACGGAAAGGAUUUCCAAAGAUGCGAUUGGAGCCGAGGCAUUCGCCAGCCCGGCAUCCAGCUGACCGGUGAAAAUGUCGUCCAACGCCAGCUGUGGCUCAUGCACAACACCGAGUUGAAUCGAGAUCAGGCAUACGACAAGGCAAGAAAGGAGUUCUACGCCCUGCGUCAGGAGGAGGAGAUCGAGAAGCGCGUCACGAGGGAGGAGGCGAAAUGGGUCGGUGCCUACUUCGGCAAGAACAAGCUGCAGAUCGGACAGGUGUUGGAGGACAGGGAGUUCGAGACCUGGAAGGGAUGGGCCAAGCAGCGCGCGAUGCUUCUCGAGGCUGCCCAGAACGCAAACUACGCGAACUUUGGCGAGGAGUCGACAACCGAAGCGGAGGGCGCGGAGGAGGAAGAAGUUGCCACGCCCUGA